AUCGGAGAACGGUCCCGUGAAGAUCGCGUGAAAAACCGCGAAAAUUUUUGUCGGUUGAUCGCGGUUCUGCGUUCCGUUUGGAAGUUGCCGAGGUCUGCUUUUGUGAAGUUGUUUUUCCAACAACAAGAAAUAAAAACCAACAAACUUAACGUUGUGAGACAAAUUCUGAGUUCAAUACAGAGGAAAGAAAACACCGAGAAAAAAAUGGAAACCAAAAAAUACCCCGGGAAAGUGAUCUCCGUGUUUUGAGUGGGAAAAAUCAAAAGAAAUCAUCGCAAAAGUGGAAAAUCGUGUUUGGAUGUGUAUGUGUUGGAGCGGAUUUUUUUUCCUCCUGAUUUUGCUCGAGUUUGCCAGUGAAAAUUUUAUCCGUUCCUUGGACGUGAUUAAGUUGCAAAAAUUGGUGCGAUAAAUUUCGCUCCCCGAGAAUGGGUGGAGCCAACGGAAAGUGAUUUAUAUUUUUUUUUUUGGCUGAAGAAAAUCAUAAGAAUAAGCAAAACAUCCGAAACAACAGAGCAGAAAAAAACGUUUGACAAAUCCAGUCCGGUUGGAGGUUUUUUUUUUAUUUUUGGUGGAAAUUUUCCCAAACCGUCUGGAUCGAUCCUCGAAAGAAAGUGUGCUCAAAUCGAGGAAGUGCAUGUGGUCAUCGAAGACCGACGUUGGUCGUGAAUUAAGUUGAAUUAUAGAAAUUCGAAACCCUGCGUGGGUGAAGUGAGCCAAAAGAAGGAAUUAAAAAAGUCUUAUUUAGAAUGUGCUAAAGUGCCAGGAAAUUUCCUGGUGUGAUUUGUCGGGAAACGAAAUUGUUUGUUUCGUUUUGUCUGUUUUCUUUUUCCUUGAGUGUAUCUUCUUGAGCUGUGAUAUCGGCGGCUAUUUUUUCGAGCUAUUCCAAUGUUGUCCAACAUGAGUAGUAUGUACGAAGAAGAGUGGACUCGAACGGAGAUCAUCACGACCUCCUCGUCGACCACCACCAAAACCAUCACCACACCUGCCAAGCUGUACGGCAAAGAUCUGGGCGCGUACGACGAUGUCGACGUGGACGAGCUGCUGGCCCAGCUGUCGCCGGAGGAGAUCACCAUGCUGGCCAAGGAGGUCGAUCCGGAUGACUCAUUUCUGCCACCAAGCCAGCGUACCAACUACGAGUGCACCAAGGAACCGACUGGACCCCUAGAUCGGAAGAAACUGAUAGACCACAUCAACAAGCAGGCCAUCGAGACGCCGGACCGGCCGGAACUGGAACCAUUUGUGCCCGGAAUCGUGCGAGGCAAGAAGUGGAUUCCUCCGCCACAGGAGAAGCGGAUGCAGGAAGCCGAGGAACAGAUCGCCAUCGAUAUGGGUGAUGAGUAUGAGACGGCUCUGUCCAGUGCGACCCAGGAGGAGAUCAUCGAUUUGGCUGCCAUUCUUGGUUUCCACUCGAUGAUGAACCAGGACCAGUAUCACGCCUCACUGCUCAACAAGGGUCAACCGAUCGGACUGGGUUGGGAUGGUAUUACCAAAUCAUCGAUCCAGAAAAUCUUCCCUGCCGAGGCUCCAAAUCAGACCGAUCCGGAGGAAAUGGUCAAGCGCAUCCGGGACGACGACAGCAAGCUGGUCGAUGUCAACUUCAACAAUAUUAAGACCAUCAGCGACGAGCAGUUCGAAAAGCUGUUCGAUGCUCUUACCAGCAACACACACCUGGAGGUCCUGUCCCUAACCAAUGUCGGACUGACGGAUCGCACUGCCCUGCUGCUGGCCCAGGCCCUAGAAAGGAACCGUACCCUGCGGGUACUGAAUGUGGAAACCAACUUCAUCAGCCCGCCGGUGAUCGUGACCCUGGUCAAAUCGUUGCUCACCCAGAUGUCCAUUGAGGAGUUCCGGGCCUCGAAUCAGCGAUCACAAGUCCUCGGCAACAAGAUCGAGAUGGAGAUCACCGAACUGGUCGAGAAGAACACCACCUUGCUCCGGUUAGGGCUGCAUCUGGAGUUCAACGAUGCCCGCCAUCGGGUGGCCGCCCAUCUGCAGCGCAACAUCGAUAGAAUUCGUGUGGACAAGAAGGACGGACGUUCGUCCCGAGGAAGCUUCUAUCGCCCAGUUCAGCAGCCAGACGAACGCAUGGAAGAGCUGGACGAUGUCGAAGAGGAGGAAGAAGAAGAACCCCGUGAAGUGCCCCAGGAUUACGACGUCGAAGAGGACCCUGACAACAUCGUCAUCCGCCCACCGCCUUCGGACGACGAGGAUAUUAAGAAAAGAUCUGUCCCAGCGUCUGCAGUUUAGAUUUUUCCAAAAUAUUCACAGAAAACAAACGACUAUGAUACAGUGAAACUCACUCGAAAACAUGGUUUCUGCGUAAGCUCGUAAAACACCAUACCGAGUGGCGAAAAAUGUUAUCUAGGAGAAAAACUAUUGAACUAAAAACACUUCAACUUACGAAAAGAAGAACAAAAAUUAAGCAAAGAAUUUGCCAGUUUUAAUAAGCAAACAGGAAAAAAAAACAGAACAAUUCUACUACUAGGUUAUAUAAUGUAGAGUAGUCCAAGCAAAAAAGAAAGGAAAUCCGGUGCAGUUCUUUUUUUUUGGGAUUUUUGGUUUAUGUUUUUUUUUGUAGGAAAGGAAACCUAUUUUUUUCUCAUUUUGUUUUUUAAUGAGCUUUAUUCUGGAAGCAGUUGUUCACUCUUCAAUGCUGUCAGUUGUACGAUAUAAAUAUUGUAGCCUUUGUAAAGUUGAGCGAAAAAAUAAUUUUAUAGUUAAAGCAUAAAAAAACUCAAUUAUGAAGCUGAACUACUGUUAGGAUUAAACAUAAAAGUGGAAGUUGAACAACGUUUGCCUCAAGUUAAAAAACAGAAACAACUUCUGUCUCAAUGUGUAUGAAUCUCUAAACAAAUUGAAACACAAAAGUUGUGCCGCGAAAAAUUGUAAUCGGACAACAAUUUUUUUUUCGCUUUCCAGUUUUGCUGCCGCCAUUCAGUGAGCAAAAGGUGAGAGCCAGAAAGUUUUAAUUAAUUAGCCUGAGGGUAGAAAGUGGAACAGCGCCGCAGAAAAAAAAAACAUGUAAACUCUACAGAUGGAAAGUUUUGUUCUUUAUUUGUUCUGUAAGUGUCAACUGAACUAAGCUAUUUGUAUAGGGAAAAGUUUGUGAAAUGGAAAAUUGUGGCAAUUAACGUUGAAAAUUUUCCAACAACUGCUGAAAUUGGUUCAAUAAAAUGAAUAAGUCAUAGAAAGGUUAAUUUUUGAUACCCACUCUGAGAUAACUAAGAGAAAGAAACAAGAAAAAAUGGUAGGUCAUGCGGUAGAAAACAGUUUCAUUGUUCAGUUAAUCGUUUUUCAAUUAUCGCUCAAGAAGAAUUUCGUUUCUGGUCAAGGAAACAUCAUACAGUUCCUAUUUUUAGUUUGAAAAUUUUCUCAAUCGUUUUUCGGAAUUCCUUCGGAUUGAAACAUCUGCUACAGGAAUAUUACCAAAAUUGAUUGAAUUUUGGGUAGUCAUCAUCAUCAUGUCCUCGUCAUAUUCUCUUGAAAUCAACAGCUGGAUGUUGCAGAAUCUUCUAUUGGGUUGGAAACUACGCCAAAGUCGCCUCGAACAGCGCAAGUAAAUUAGGCCUCUCGUUUCUCAUCACACCACCACUACCAGAGAUCAUCGAAGAAAAAACGUUGUAUCACCAAUACAAUAGCUGCGAAAAAUAAUGUGUCUGUUCAAAGCGAAUCAGAAAAAUUGGCUUCGUCUUUAGCUUCGUCAAAUCACCGGCUUCAGAUCAAAAUGGACAACAAACAAAAAUUCUUGCACUUUGAAACAUCAACAACACCAUUUCAAAAACAAAAGACAAACAUCUCACUCACACAAAGGGAGUCAUUCACAACAAGUUCAAACAACAAAAAUCGCAUUGCCUGGGAAGUGUGAGUGAGAUCUGCUUGAUUUCUGUGUAUGUUUAUGUAAAGCGUUUAUGCUUUAUGUGAUUCAAAAAAAAAAAAUUUUUACACACAUAAACAAAACCAAACAAUCCAAAUAUCCUGAACCGGUGAAAAACAACUUCCUGAAAAUCAACAAAAUUGGCCAACUCUCCAAGUUCCCUCGGAAGCAUUCGUCGAUCAUCGUCUUCGUUCAAUGUUAACGUUCGUUUACUCGUAUUUGUGCAUUGGACCCCUUUCUAGUGGAGCAUCUCGAGUGGGGAAUUGUGAGGACGUCAAAAGCGUUUGGAGAAUCGUGGCUAAGAUCUUGAAAGUAUAGGCAUCCGGAAGCUAAGCAACAUCAAUCCAACACUAGCCAAGCCAGUCAACCAUCGAGAUCCAGAUGAGAUUCGCAUGAUCCUAAAACAUCAAUUUAAAAUCUUGCUUGCUGCUUUUUCCAAUCACUUUUUCUUUUAAGAGAUAUGUACAUCUGUUUCAAUAAGUAUUGACAAAAAAGCAACAGAUAAUUAAGAGUUAGGUGCUUUAAUUUCCCAGUGUGUUAAGGCAAAAAUAUUUUAAAAUCCGGCUUGAGAUUUGCUGUUUGAAGAACAACUGAAGCUUGAAAUACCCAAAACAGUCCAGCGCCAAUUCCCAAACACAACAACGAUUUGAAGCAAUUUUCAUUUCCCUUAGGAUUACAUAAAAAAACUUCAUUAGAUACCAAUCUUCAACUUUUAACUAGGGAAAAUCUUAAUGCAUCCAAUUAAAAAAAUUUCUAUCAAAUGUAAAAUUUUAAAUAUUUCUUUAAGAAAAACUAGGACGAUUGGUGAUCACCCAAAAUCUUUUAAUUUAUAUAUUUAACCUGUAAAUGUGUUUCAACCGCUAGGAAAAACUCCAAAACGGAUCUAAGAGCUAUUAAAAACUACAACCUAUUUUAUUUUACCUUGAUUUAAGCAGAUUCAAUUUAUUUUAGAGCGACGAAUAGGUGUUUGAUUUACUUUUACGGAUUAGUUUUUCGUUUUGUUUUCUUCGUUUUCUUUGUCGACAAUUGCUGUCCCCAGUUAGAAGAUUGAUUAAAAGGAAGAACUAUUUUUUCGGGACAGUUACAUCAAUCAGUUUUGAUCGAAACGAGAAAUUCACCCUGGUAUACAAUUAGACUCAAGAUAUAGGGGAUCAAACAAACAAACAAAAAAAAACUGUUCAAAACACUGCCGCUUUCGAAUCAAAUUUGAGCAAAUAAAACCGAAAAGUUCUGCUAGAGAAAAAAAACUUUUGUGCAAAAUGUGAUUGAGGCAAAACUAUAUUACAUGUAUUGAUUGUAGUGAAGAGAAAAAAAAACCGUAGCAAGAAGGUACGACAAACCCGUUGUUAGAGAGGCGAUUUUUAUUUGUGAAAGCUUUAUUCAUCUUUCAUCACAGCUGAGGAUAUUUAUGGAUUAUCGAAUAAAAACGUAAUAUGUAAGAAACCUGAA